AUGGCUGCUUCUAACCCUCUUACUAAAAUUCUUGAUGCCAAUCGCUUGACCGGCCCUAAUUUUUCUGAUUGGCUACGGAACUUGAGAAUCAUUCUCAAUUCUGAAAAAAUUGCCUAUAUUUUGACUACUCCUGCUCCUGAACUUCCAGCUGAUGACAAUGAGGAAGAGAGAGCUGCUUAUGAAAAAUGGAUAGAUGACGACAAUAGAGUCAGGUGUUACAUGUUGGCGUCGAUGAGCAAUGAGUUGCAACGCCAACAUGAACACAUGAAUAGUGCAUCGGCCAUUCUACUUCACCUACAAGAACUGUAUGGUGAACAGAGCCGCUCUACUGGAUAUGAGAUAUCGAAACGGCUGUUUCGAGCAAGAAUGUUCGAUGGCCAAUCUGUUAAUCAUCAUUGUUUGAAAAUGAUUGAGGAUAUAGAGGAGCUUCCCAAGCUCGGCCUACGAAUGGAUGCAGACUUGCAGACAGAUUUAAUUCUGCAGUCUUUACCUGACUCAUUUUCACAGUUCAUCAUGAAUUUUCAAAUGAAUAAAAUUCAGUGCACUCUCUCAGAGCUCUUGAAUAUGCUGGUAACAGCGGAGGGAACAAUAAAAGGUAAUAAUGGAGUCGAUCUGGCUAUGGAAGGCUUUAUUCUCAACAAAAGAAAAUCUAAAUGA